CCGGAUGAGUCAUUCGAAAUGGUUCCACCUGAUGUCCCAGAAGAAUCGGCUCCUAAAAUUAUCGAACCGUUGCAUUCAGCUUCAUUUAUUGACGGACAACCAAUGGUUCUCCGUUGCCGAAUUAAGGCAGUGCCUUCAGCGGUGAUUGUUUGGUCGAAGGAUGAUCUCAAUGUUGAUGAAUGGGUUAUCAAUAAGGACAUUGUCACUCAGAUACAUCCCGAUGGAAUUUGUGAAUUGAUGAAUCCUGAAGUUUAUCCAGAAGAUAGUGGCCUGUACAAGUGCACAGCCACUAAUCCUCAUGGAACUGCAGAAACUGCUGCAUACAUCAAUAUUCAAGGUGAGGUAUUUCGGAAAUACUGA